AUGCCAUUGUUGGCGUCUCCAGUAUCGCGAGGCCAGAAUGAGCGUGCUCCGGUCGCAGCCGCAGAAGAGGCUGCCACUGUCUCCGUAGCAGCACCGCCAGCAUAUUCGGCUUUUCCUAGGAACCAGGUCAUACUCAUUCUUUGCCUUGCCUCCUUUGCCGCGAGCUUCUCACCUCUUUCGUCCUUCAUCUUCUUUCCGGCCAUUGACGACCUAGCACAGGCCCUCGAUAUUUCAGUUGGAAGGGUCAACCUGACCAUCACUUCGUACAUGAUCGUGGCCGGCCUCGCGCCGGCCAUCCUUGGAGACCUGGCGGAUAAUAUCGGACGUCGAAUGGUGUACCUCUUCAUGAUGGCAGUGUACUGCAUCGCCAACAUCGGCCUUGCGCUCCAGAAAAACUGGACAGCGCUUUUCCUGCUGAGGAUGCUGCAGAGCACCGGGAGUGCCGCCACCAUCGCGUUAGGGUACGGUGUCGUGUCGGACGUUGCUCCGCCGUCCAAACGCGGCGCAUUCGUCUCUGGCCUCGUCGUUGCUCCCAACGCCGCGACGGCCAUCGGGCCCAUCCUGGGCGGCGCCCUCACUAGCUACGCGGGGUGGCGCUGGAUCUUUGGGUUUCUCGCCAUCUGGUCAAGCAUCUGCCUGCUCCUCAUAGCCUUGUUGCUCCCGGAAACAGCGCGAUCGGUUGUUGGCAACGGAUCCGAAAAGGUCUCGGGCCUUCGGCGGCCACUACUAACCUGCUUCAGAAGCCCGGAACAAGUGCUAUAUUCCCCAGAGAAAGACGAUGGCUCAGGCACCGAGCCGGUUUCGCUGCCCGAAGACGGCAGGGGAAGUCGCCGCUUCAAGUUCCCCAACCCGCUGGCUAGCUUGAAACUGCUUUGGGCCAAGGACAGCGCUCUGAUCACACUGAUUUUUGGCAUCUUUUAUAUGAACCUCAGCUCUCUCCAGGCGUCCACAUCGACGCUCUUUGUUAAGAUUCACAGCAUCUCCGGGGUUGGGCUGGGCCUAGUGUACCUGCCCUCGGGCAUUGGGUCUUGUAUUGGGGCGUAUUGUGCAGGCAGCUUAAUGGACCAUGACUAUCGCGUGGUUGCGCAGAAAAACAACUUUGAGAUCAACAAACAAGCAGGUGAUGACUUGGCCCAUUUCCCUAUCGAGAAGGCGAGGUUUCGAAGCAUCUGGUAUGUCAUUAGCGCUGCAGGUCUCUCCAUGGUAGGAUAUGGGUGGUCCUUGCAGUUCAAAGUGCACAUGGCCGUUCCUCUUACGCUCCAUUUCGUUAUCGGUCUGUCUACAUCAGUCGUGUUCAAUAUGAGUGGGACACUUCUAGUAGAUAUUCACCCAAAAUCACCUUCGACAGCCCAGGCCGCAAACAGCAUCGUCCGUGCCUUUCUUGCCGGCGGUGGCACCGCUUGUGUCCAGCCUUUUAUCGAUGCCAUGGGUGUUGGCUUGACAUUUACGCUCUUUGGCAGUCUGGGCAUGGCUUGUAUGGGCAUCGCAUGGCUGGAGUGCACGUUUGGCCAGCGUUGGAGGGACAAGAUGAAAGCGAGCGGUGUUGAGCGUUGA